UUUAUCCCAAAAAAUUUGUAUCGAUCAGGUACGAAGCAAAUCAUAAAUGAUCAACAGUGUUGAAUGUUCAAAAUCUAACAGAUUCUAAAUGUCAUUCAUGUGUUGAAUAUAAUUCAUUUUUUAUUAUCUCCAUUUUCCAUUCUUGUUCUGCAUGACUUUUAUGAUGUGUUACCUCAAUAUUGUGCCAAUGGAUUAAGAGCAUCUGAUCAUUUUGCAUGAUUCCAAAUUAUUUGGAGGAAGGUCUUCAGGAAAUGUUUGAAGACAUGAAACGAAGACUUCAAGGAAAUCCUGAGGUGUUCGAGGGCCCUGUCAAGAAAAUGUUGAAAAGCUAUUCAAAGUUGAAAGGGAAUAACAGUUUAACCUCAGCCAUGAGUAUGUUUGGUCGGUAUAAUGGUAUCAACUUUGCAAACUGCACAUGUACAUCAUCAAAGACCAAGGCUACUGAUCAGUCACCUCUCACCUCUGGGCCCAGCAUUGGUGUUCAACCAUUGUCAAUCGCCAGGAGAAAAGUGAAGCUUGGAGGUAGGAGAAGCUUAACAAGGGGCCGGCCAACCAAGCGAGCUGCGACUCAGGAACAUGGUUAUGCCAAAGGAUCCCACUCUCAAUGAGCGAUUCCAAAGAGGACAAGAGUAGCUGCACCACACUCACUGAGCCAUGCCACUACAAUGUGCCAGUCUCUUGGAAAGACUCACAGUUCUAAGUGAAUCUUAACAGUGCAUAUAUGCCCAGGGGGACCAAGAAGAGUUUGAUUCCUUAACUAUAAAAUCUGGGGUCUUCAUUCAAAAGUUUUUGUCUCACCUGCAUAGCAGAGUGAGACUAUAGGCGCCGCUUUUCUGGCGGCGGCAGCUUCAACAUCAAA